AUGAAGCUCUAUAUCAUCCCACUUGCACUCCUUGCAACCUCUGCUAUCGGUGCCCGAGUCACCCAGAGCGAAGCCGACGACUGGCACCAGUGUAUGGAAUCCGGACUGAAGCGCGUGGAUAACGGAAAGGAUGACAGUGGAACCACAUGUGCCCUGCUUGAAUGUCUGGCAAGCAACGCCGAGGAGUACCAUCGAGGUGGCAUGUACGGCUCACUUGCCGGAAUCGUUGAUGCAGCCUGCGUUGCUCGCAAGAUUCCCUUCAUUGGAGGCCUCAUUAAAUAA